AUGUCUGCAUUUCUAGUUGGAUUUGCUUUUGUCCUGGUCACCUUUCCGGAGCAUGGUGCAACGAGCAGAGUGUUUGGCAACACCUCAGAAACUGCCUAUUUGGGUUCGGCAUAUGUCCACCGGGCUUUUCAGAGAGCGAUUGAGCUGACUGAUGCUGCUUAUGCCCACACAACUGAGAGAAGAACGUCUUUUUCUGAAGGUUCCCUCAGACCUAGUGACCUGCUGGCCCAGUUUAAACAGAUUGAAACCAGAACCCGGACUCACAUACAUGCUUCUGAACUGCUGGACAACACGGUGGAUCUAAUCAGAGAGAUGGUCUACACCAACACUAUGAUGCAGCCCAAUCAACAUGAGCUUCUGAGUGAGGGAGAUGUGGAGAGUCUGCUGCAGAUGACGGGCUGCUCCGCUGAGCUGCACACACCCAGCUGUCAGACAGACUGCAUGUCUGAGCGCUACAGGUCCAUCACAGGCGAGUGCAAUAACAGGCAACAUCCAAGAUGGGGCGCUGCAAACGUCCCAUAUUCCCGCUGGCUGCCUCCAGAAUAUGAGGACUUGUGGGGGAUGCCCAGAGGCUGGGACCCUGAACACACUUACCACAACUUCAGCCUGCCUCCUGUGAGGCUCGUGUCGCAGGAAGUUCUGUUUACUCACAAUGAUAAGAUCUCUGUUGACCCCACUCUGUCCCACCUGCUGGUGGACUGGGGUCAGUGGAUAGACCACGACAUGGUGUUGACCCCUCAGAGCCCCAGCACGACCGCCUUCAAGACAGGAGCCGACUGCACCCGCAGCUGCAGCCAGGACUCGCCCUGCUUCCCUAUUCAGAUCCCACUGUCCGAUCCUCGCAAUGGGGUCCAGAGCUGUAUGCCUUUCUUCCGCUCUGCCCCCAGCUGUGAUAACCAAGUCCUGCUUCAUCGCCACCGGGAGCAGCUCAACGCCAUCACCUCCUUCGUAGAUGCCAGCAUGGUGUACGGUAGCUCACCCAGUUUGGCCUCGGCUCUCAGGAACCGCUCAUCUCCUCUGGGCUCCAUGGCCCUCAACUCCCAGUACUGGGAUGAGGAGCUGCCCUACAUGCCAUUCCUCCCCCGUGUACAAGCUCACCUGGACCCCUGCGGUCCCCGUAUCUCCACUACAUCGGGGGCAUGGAGCAGAUCUGCACUCAGAGAGAACACCACUUCAUGCUUUCACGCUGGUGAUUCAAGAGUCAAUGAGCACCUGGGACUGAUUGUGCUGCACACACUCUUUCUGAGAGAACACAAUCGGCUGGUCAAAGAGCUGCACCAGCUCAACCCCCACUGGAGUCCAGAUACCCUCUAUCAGGAAGCAAGAAAGAUCAUAGGAGCCAUUCACCAGAUCCUAACCUGGGAGCACUACCUGCCACGAGUGCUUGGUGAGAGAGCCAUGUCCAGGCUAUUGCCCUCCUACCAGAGGUAUGAUCCAGACAUGGACCCAAGCAUCGCCAACACGUUCGCUACAGCUGCAUUUCGCUUUGCCCACGUCACAGUGCAGCCAGUAGUGACCCGGCUUGGUCCAGAAUACACCUUUAACUCCAAGUAUCCGCCUCUGCCUCUGCAUCACUCUCUGUUUGCUUCAUGGAGGGUUGUGCAGGAAGGUGGUAUUGACCCUGUGCUGCGAGGCAUGUUGCUGUCUCCCGCCAAGCUGCAGACUCCAGGUCAGAUGAUGGUGGAGGAGCUCACAGAAAGGCUCUUUCAGGCACAGGGCGGAAUGCCUCUUGACCUCGGGGCCCUAAACCUGCAGAGGGGCCGGGACCAUGGCUUGCCUGGAUACAGCUCAUGGCGAAGGUUCUGUAAUCUCUCUGUUCCCAACACGACGUCGGAUAUGGCAGAAAUUUUUGGGAACUUCACUUUGGCUCACAAAUUCAAGAUCUUAUACGGGACCCCACACAACAUUGAUGUGUGGGUGGGGGCCAUAUCGGAGCCAGCUCUGCCCGGAGGACGAGUGGGACCGCUGCUGUCCUGCCUCCUGGCCAGACAGUUCAGAGCACUGAGAGAUGGGGACAGGUUCUGGUGGGAGAGGAAUGGCGUUUUUACCAGAACCCAGAGGAGACACCUGCACAACGUCUCUCUGUCCCGCAUCAUUUGUGACAACAGCCACGUCACCCGUGUUCCUGUGGACCCUUUUUCACGCACUGAAAGCCCUGAAGACAUGCUGACCUGUUCCCAUCCACUCAUCCCUCAUCUCGACCUCAGCCCCUGGAAAGAGCCAAUCACAGAUCCUGCCUGUGGCCCAAUACCCAGGAUUCACUCUGGUUACUCCUUACUGUGCAACUCCACCAUCCUUUAUCAGUGUCAAGUUGGAUUCAAGCUCCUGGGCUCUCCAUCCAUCAGCUGUGAUGCAGAGAGCCAGAAGUGGAGCUCCCCACCUCCAACAUGUCAAGAUAUUAAUGAGUGUGAGGAACUGAUCUCUUCUUGUCAACAACAUCUGGAAUGCUUCAACACAGCUGGUUCCUUCCUUUGCUCAGAGCCCUCUUCGCUGUCUGCUGUCUCCAUUGUGGCUGCAGUGAUAGUGGUGGUCAUUGGUGCAGCUGGACUGGUGUUGGUUCUGAUCUGUUAUCGAAGAUACUUUCCAAAGUCUGAAGAAUUGAUCUCUGCUGAAUGCAACCAGGGGAACAGUUGACCUUUAUAAUCUGUUCUCACUUACUUACAAAGGUGCCACAGAGUGGCCAAACAAGCCAUGGUUUAAUAAUAAGUCCCUCCUAAAUGACACGUGACGUCACAUUUUAUCCCCACAUGACGACAGCAUCCAUUCAUAAAACCCCAGGCCAAACUAUUCGUACAUGUCUCCGGUAGUCGGUCCAGGCAGGUCAUGAAAACAGAAAUCUACAGAACCUGCUUUAAUCCGGAAACUGGAAAUCUUACAGGAAUGUUUGCUCCAAAAACAGAUUUCCAGUCUUAGUGUGACUGAGCCUGUUUACUGCUUACAAAUAUGUUAGGCAACUGUGGGUCAGAAUGUUUUUCUAUCAUGGUGAGGAGACAGAAGAUUGGAUGGGACCUGAAAGACUAUUUGAUUUCAAGGACCACUUCAAGUUUAGCUCAUCAGUCUUCACAACACCACAAACAUCUUCUUUAUAUGCUUGAUCUUCUGCACGCUGUCCAGUUAAAACUGUUCACAUAGUUGAUUAAUGAGCCAACAACAGAUUUUCCAAAUUGACAAAAUGUUUUAAAUUCACUAUAUCUGUCACUGUGCAUUUAUUAACUCAGCAGCACAUUGCCUCCACAAUGUAAUGUUAUUUCUUAACAGGUUUUAUUCAUUUUAUCUGGUUUCUUGUGUACGGUAGUGUUUAACACAUCUUUAUUGGUGGUGUAAGGAUGAAGGGGUCAAGAUUAAUUAGCUGCGCUUAAAAGAGAUAUUUUUGUUUCACUAUGCAUGAAAUGUGACCGAGCACAGACCCAAGCAGCAGAAAUAUGUUGUGUUUAUAAUUAGUACGCUCAUCAACUACUUUUAGAAAAGUGUUUUUAGUGAAAAAACAUAAAUCUGAAGGUUUAAGAUCUAUGUUGUGUCAGAAAUCCAGCUCUCUUUGUGGCCACCUUCAGCAGCAGCAAACAAGGUUCCAACACAUUUAUCAGGUCGAAAUUUUAGACUCAGCUUCCCAGACCUCCCAGUCCUUUAAACUCAUGUCAAAAUGUUAAAUACUAAAGGUUCCCUAUACAUUUCUGGCAAAUGUUUCUAUAGCUUUAGUAUCUAUAAAAAAUACCUACAAAACAAGGAAAUGGGAAGGAAGGAAGGAAUAAAAGGAAGGACACAAGGAGUGGAAGUGGGAAACAAGUAAGCAACAGAGGUAAAAGACAAAGAUAAAAUGAUCAGAGGAAGGAUGGUAGAACAUAAGGAAGGAAAAUACAUAGAAUGAAGUCUGCAAAUACAAACAUCUUCCCAUAUCCUUUUAUUUUUACAGACCUUAAACAUAUUGAUAUCAAAUUCCUGAUAU